GGCUGCUUCCAAAGUCAGGCCAUUACAGAUAGCACUUGGCACGACAUGCAUCAGCUCUCUUUCUGUCUCGGAAUUCAUUAAAACUAUUCAAAAAAUCCCGAAAUAGUCUGCAUGGCCUUUGUGGUAGACAAAAGAAAACAGAGCCUUCCUUUUUUGUUCUAUUUGAAUAAGAACUGAAAAAUCUAGAAUAGAUCGACUUGUUUUCAUCUGUUCUCACAAUUGACAUUCGGACUGUGGCGUGUGUUUAAAGCAUAUCCACAUUGUGUAGGCAGUGAAAAGAGUUCGUUUAUCAAAUCGAAUCCUGUGAAUAUUGCAAACGUCAUGAUUGGGAAAAUUUACAUAAAGGCAACAACACGUUCGAACAGCAGGGAUCACCAAGAAGCGUCGGCGUCGAAUAGGAUGAAACUCCGUUGGAUCAAUCUAACCUUUCAGCCUCGUCUUUACGUUCUCUCUCUCACGAUCGCAUUGGCUGUCUGCUCAAUUGAUGGACGCAAUGAUAGCGAUUUCAUCGGCAAUUUCAACCACACCCCUUUAGCGAUUUACCGCGACUUCGCUACAGAACGUUGGAAUGCAAACGAAACGGAUGGAACUGACAGACAAAGUGCAACGGGAGAGAUGAUGUACUACAAAAACAACACGCUCAAUCGUGACACGAACGAAUCAUCUAGUACUGCUAGCGUUACACCUGCGAUUGCGAACGUCAACACAGACACAACGAGGAGCAUAACUCUAGGAUAUCAAGGUGAAUCAAUCAGUGAAAAGUUAGAAAACAGGAACUCUACGAUCGGAUUUAAUGGUUCCACGACACGGACGCCAGUUUCUACAUCGAUUCCUCAAUCAGUCUACAAUCAAACGAGCUCGUUCACGAAAACUGCCUCGACAACCAGAGUUGCUGGCAGUCGGAGUAGUUUGCAUAAAGGAAAUUCUUCGACGAAGCCUUGGCUUCCACAAAGGUCCUCUACUGUUGCGGGGACGUUACUUUUUUCAAAUUCAACCAGAAAUCGCCAUGAGGCGACCGCGUCAUUGCCGCUUUCGUUACACACCAUCGAAAUUUCCACACAGAAAUACGGAAACAAAUUGAACAGAACCAAACCGGACUAUCGGAAUACGACGAAAUAUCCAGAAAUUUCCAGCACGGCAGUGUUUGACAGCAGCAAUUAUUCAUCUUUGCUGUUGAACAAAACACCUCAAAAACUUUGGGGAUUUCCAUUCCAUAACGCUACGAGCGAGACCUUCAACUCAAGUCAAACUACUACUUCACCUGCUGCUGCUACUACUACUACUACUCUGUCGUCGCUAUGGCUAAACACUGGCCGUCCUUCUGCUCAAGAGUUCCAUACCAGCACGCCUUUACAACACCAAUUCUCCUCAAAGUUUGAACGCCAAGAACCUUGGAAAAGGCCCGACACUCCGCCAGCCCAUGGGCAAAAUCAUUUCAAUUCGAUCGUCAACGUCAAAGUGGAUUCCAGCGCAGAGACCUUGGAGAAAAUGAUUCGUCUCGAAGCAACGAUCUCAAAGAAAAUGAACGAAAUGCAGAAAAUGGCUGAAAUGUUGGCGGGAGAUUUGAAAUUGAGAUUGAACCGCCUCGAAGAAGUUAUCCAGUUGCGCAGUACUGAAACUCGGCGGGCCAUUGCCGACGUCCGGGAAGUGAAACAACAUCUCGAAUCUCUAAUCGACAUCAAAAGUCAAACACUUGAGACGAAAUUGAAAGAAUUCAAAUGCGCCCAUCAACAUGCGGAUAACGCCCAAACGACUAACGAGCCGAUCAAGUCCGCGAUAGUGGAAUUGAGAAAUUUGCCUACAACCCAAGAACCACCCAAGUUAGAAGGAAGACAUUUGGAUAGCAAUAAGGACGGUCUAGCCGAUUGGCGAGCAAAGCGCGCAAAGUUGAUGGAGAGAUGGGAAAGCAAUUUUCAAAGAGGCUUUUCUCGCCAAAGGAAGUCGACUAAAAGAUCUACUCGCAACCUGUCGUAAAAAGAAGUGCGUACCUUUUUCUUCAUCGUUUCAUUUAUCGCCGCGUUCCUCUUUCUUUUUUUUUACGUGCGUGCGUGCAAUGGCUUUCACAAUUUAGGUCCAUUUAAAACGUAAUAUACAUAUCAUUUAAAUGUU